UCGACUCGAUUGCACACAGUGUCAGGUAGAACAAGUAAGCUAGCUUCAAUUGCUUUUCGCUGCUAGCAGCUGCAACAGAGCCGAUGGCGUCGCCGCUUGCCAUGGACGUCGACAAGCUCAGCUACGAGAUCUUCUCCCUGCUGGAGAGCAAGUUCUUGUUUGGCGCCGGUGGAGCUGCCGGCUGCCUCUCCGGCCCGGGCACGCCGUUCCGCGGUGCCAACGACGGGCGUGUCCGCGUGCUGGCCAUCGACGGAUGCGGGGCGGGCGCGGGGGACGCGCUGCUCGCCGCCGCCGCGCUCGCGAGGCUCGAGGCAGGGCUGCGCCGGCAAGCCGGCGACCCCGACGCGCGCGUCGCCGACUUCUUCGACCUGGCCGCGGGCUCCGGAGCCGGCGGCGUGCUCGCGGCCAUGCUGUUCCUCAAGGGCGCCGACGGCCGCCCGCGGUACACGGCCGAGGAGGCGCUCGCCUUCGUGGCCGGGAGCGUCGGGAAGGACUGGGGCGGCCGGCGCCGCGGGCUGGCGAGGCUGCUCCGCGGUGGCAACGCGCGGAAGGGGGACAAGUCCUUCCGGCGGGUGUUCGGCGACGCGACGCUCGGCAGGGACACCGUGGCGCCGGUCCUCGUGCCCUGCUACGACCUCGCCACGGGCGCGCCCUUCGUGUUCUCCCGCGCCGACGCCGUCGAGAGCGACAGCUUCGACUUCCGCCUCAGCGACGUCUGCGCGGCCACCUGCGCCGCCGCCGGCGCCGCGGCCGCCGUCAGGUCCGUGGACGGGCGCACGGCCAUUGCCGCCGCGUCCGGGGCCGUGGCGGCCAUGGGCAACCCGGCCUCCGCGGCCAUCACGCACGUCCUCCACAACAAGCAGGAGUUCCCGCUCGCCGCCGGCAUGGACGACAUUCUCGUUCUCUCUAUCGGCACCGGCGCGUCAUCCACCACCUCCUCCGGUGGAAACGGCUGGAACACGCCGAUGCCGACGCGCUCGCCGUCGCGGGACGAGCUGGCGCGCGUCACCGCCCAGGGCGUCGCGGACAUGGUCGACGAGGCCGUCGCCAUGGCGUUCGGCCACGCCAGCGACAGCAACUACGUGCGCGUACAGGCCAGCACCGAACUCACCUCUCUGCACGCACAGACGGCGGCCGCGGCGGCCGGAGCGAUGCUCUCGCAGCGGAACGUGGAGUCGGUGCUCUUCCGCGGGCGGAGGCUGUCGGACAGGACGAACGCCGAGAAGGUUGACGCGCUGGCCGCGGAGCUGGUCAAGGAGCAGGAGCGGCGGAUGCGCAGCCCUCUCCCGAACGUCGUCAUCAAGCAGGUCUCCUCGCCGCGCCUGUCGUCGGCGACCACCGCCUCGUCGGUCACCGCCACGGUGAGGACGGCGUCGUCGAUGCCAUCGCCGGCCUCGUGGGAUUCUCGCCAGUAGCUAAGUUGUUGGUAGGCCCUUUGACGUGACACGCAACUCGUGUACGUGCAAUUAUGCAGUGUAGUAGGCAGAGGCACUGACAAGAGCGAGCGGUGUGUUCUUUUUUUGUGUUCUUUCCACUCGUGU